CACGUCCGCACCUCACGCUCGGUGUUGGGAGACGUGGGCCGUGCCGGUGUGCUUGAGCGUGAAGUGUGCGUGGUUUGAGCGCAGCGGCUGACUGGUUAGCCUACCCGUGCCCGGCGCUGUUCCAGGCUCGCUUUCUACUUCGCAUUGCAUGUUAGGCCUACCAUGAGGCGUCUGGGCUCGGUGCAGCGGAAAAUGCCGUGUGUGUUUGUGACGGAAGUGAAAGAGGAGCCCUCCACCAAAAGGGAGCAUCAGCCAUUUAAAGUUUUGGCAACUGAAACUAUAAGUCACAAGGCAUUAGAUGCAGAUAUAUACAGUGCAAUUCCAACAGAAAAAGUGGAUGGAACAUGUUGUUAUGUUACUACCUACAAAGGUCAGCCAUACCUUUGGGCUCGGCUAGAUAGAAAACCUAACAAGCUAGCUGAGAAAAGAUUUAAAAAUUUUCUACAUUCAAAACAAAACUCAAAAGAAUUUUUUUGGAAUGUUGAUGAGGACUUCAAACCUGUUCCAGAGUGCUGGAUACCAGCGAAAGAUACAGAACAAUUAAAUGGAAAUCCAAUGCCUGAUGAAAAUGGACACAUUCCUGGUUGGGUACCUGUGGAGAAAAACAACAAACAGUAUUGCUGGCAUUCCUCUGUAGUUAAUUAUGAAUUUGAAAUUGCCCUAGUACUGAAGCAUCAUCCUGAUGAUUCUGGUCUUUUGGAAAUUAGUGCAGUGCCACUAUCAGACCUCUUAGAACAGACACUGGAGCUUAUAGGAACAAAUAUUAAUGGAAACCCAUAUGGGUUGGGAAGCAAGAAGCAUCCAUUACAUCUUCUUAUACCACAUGGAGCAUUUCAAAUAAGAAAUCUACCUACCUUGAAGCAUAAUGACCUAUUGUCUUGGUUUGAAGGUUGCAAAGAGGGUAAAAUUGAAGGAAUAGUAUGGCAUUGCAAUGAUGGCUGUUUAAUCAAGGUCCAUCGCCAUCAUCUCGGUUUAUGCUGGCCAAUUCCAGAUACUUACAUGAAUUCAAAACCAGUUAUUAUCAACAUGAACCUGAACAGAUAUGAUUGUGCUUUUGACACUAAAUGUUUAUUUAAUCAUUUUUCAAAAAUAGAUAAUCAGAAAUUUGGUAGGCUCAAAGAUGUAAUACUCGAUAUAUAAACUGGUAAUACAAUUAAAAACUAGCUUUAUUGUUGUUAUAUUUGAA